AUGGCGACGCCCAGUGAGCUGUCUCUCGAGGAGAUUCGUAAUUAUUUGCUGGAAAAUGGAGGUACGGCGCGCAAUCACGACCUGGUGAAGCAUUUCAGGCGAUUCUUGACGGACCCGGAGACACGAGUCGAGGCGAGGAAUCGGUUUAAGGAAUACGUCAACACUUUGGCCACCAUAAAGAACGAGGAGGGUGAAAGAUACUUGGUUCUUCGGUAUAAAUAUCGGAAACCUUUCUUAGAUCUUUCGUCUCCUCAUCAAGUAGGAUCCUCUGUUGCCACCCCCGAUCUAGCUAUGCCAGUUUCUCCAUUGCGUGAACCCCCACCUUACCGGCCGCCACCUCCCGCGCCUCUCAGUCCGUCUUCGCCGUCUGUAAACAAUACUCAGACCGGCCUUGAGAUUACGGUAUCAAAUUCUUCUGGCCGUGAGAAUAGUCAAAAUAAUGAUAGUUCGGAAUCUUACGAGACAAUGUCGUCGCCACCCGUUCCACCGCGUCGCAAAAGCCAGGACAAGCUGAAGACGGAGAACAAGGAAAACAUCGACAAAAACAGAGGAAGCUCCUCGGAAGCCGUUAUAAAGGAAGAUGAAACAGCCACGACAACAAAUUCCUCGGCCGAACAGCUCAGCGUUCGCGAGCGGAUGCAACGUUUCAAUCGCAUGGCCAGUGAAACCGACCUUCCCGCUAGACCCACCGAGACGACUACCUCUGUUAGAAAGCGAACUGAAAAAGGCGCCGACGAGGAUGACAGCGCUUCCGUUGCCUCGCAACUGGACGCAAAAGCGCGGGAGUGGCUGGUCAAAGCGGCGCAGGGGGACUAUCAGGCACUGGCGAAGCUGGCAGCCGAGGAACCUCGUCUCACCAGGCUCAAGGAUCCGACUUCCGUGAGUAUAGGUCAUUAAGUUACCGCCAAAUGCUACAAAGUAAUGGGUUCGGCACGAGAAAACCGAGCCGAUACCACGGUCGGCAAUUAAUUGCGGAGCGCCAGGUUCCCUCUCGUAAUCACGCGGAUUCGCAAACCGUUGCCGGGCCCGGCGAGAAGUUUUGCACGUAUAAACAUGCAUGUAGUUUACAUUGCUAAUCGUUGAAAGUAUGCCGCGGCGAAACGAAAGCCGAAACAUAAAUGUCGCGGCAUUAAUUCGUAACUUGUAUCAUAGAACGCGAAACUUCUUCAAGCGCUCGGAUAUUUAAUGCGUAUGCGUUUGUUUUUUUUACAUGCACGUCGGGAUCAUCGUUCGAUCUUCACGGACAUCAUCGUUGGAAAUCACAUGCAGGGUUAUACGGCUUUGCAUUGGAGCGCAAAACACGGUGACGAGAACAUUGUUAAAUUGAUAGCCGGCACCUACAAGGAUUAUAUC